AUGGGGACGGAUCGCCGGUUCAUCCGUGCGGUCAAGAUCCUGGACCCCCCUUGUUUUGAGAGUGAUCACUACGCUAUCGUGGUCACGAUGCAGACGGGCUUGCUAGCUGAGCAAAAGCAUUACCUGGAGGGCAGGAGGCGAAUGCCAAAGACGGCAGAGCGCGGCAGCGGGGAGACAAAACUGCCAGCAGACGUUGCUUUCGAGCAGCGGCUCAAGUGCAAGGUACAGGUGGAGCCGAAGAAACAGUCUGUACAUCCAGACUGGCUCUCGGCAAUGACACAUGCACUCCUGGACAAGCGGGUCAAUCUCCUGAAACACGGAGCUUCGCACAGGCGGCGUAAACAAGUGGGGCGUCACAUACGGAAGAAAGAAGCAGGACGACAAAUCGAGCAGCUACUAGAGGCCAAGGAUGUCUCUGGAGCUUUUGAUGUGGCGAAACGGUGGUACAGGAAGUCUACAGGUCGACCUCCUCCACCGUGCCGCGAAAACAUGGAGGCAACAGCAAGCCGAUACAAAGACUUGUAUCAGGCGGAACCAGCUCCCGGGGCACCAAUCCCCACCUCAACCAGCCGCCAGUGGCAAGUGCUUGACAAUGCGCCAGAAGCUGACAAGAUUGCUUGGCAUGUGCGAAAGCUCAAGACCAAGAAGGCUCCAGGCACAUCAGGCAUUCGCCCAGAGGAUAUGCGGCACUGGUUAAACUUGUUCGAGGUGGAACAGAGGGAUCAGCAACCGUUCCGGCUCUUGACGGAGAUUGUCCAGAGCGCAUUCCUGACGGUGUGUCCGGUGGACGGGUGCCACGCGACGGCAAGUCAAGCACAUGAUAUGCGAAAGCACUUCAUGCUGCGGCAUCCCACUGACAGGAUAUGUAUUGAGGAGGAAGGAGUGCAGGCACUACCCAAGUGCAAACAUUGCGGAAUGCACGUGGCAACAAAGACAGUGGCUCAUCAUUUCCGUACAAAGCUAUGCGAGGUGGGCCAGAAGCGGAAGGCCGCCCGCACCCAGGAGUGGACCGCCCAGACCGCAACCUCCCAUCAGUUCUACAUUGACGGGGUAGCAGUGGGCCGGGUGAAUCACAAUGACGGUGCAAUCCGCUACAAUAUUAGCAAGGCAAGGGCUAAGUGGCAUAUGAUCGCUCGAGUUUUAGUUCAAGAGGAGGCGUCACCCCGCGUCAUGGGCAUGUUCUACAAGGUGAUUGUGCAAUCGGUCCUGUUAUACUGCAGUGAGACAUGGGUUCUUACCCUAGCUCAGUAUGAUUGGCUCAAUGCAUUUCAUGUGACCAUAGCAUGGCGGAUAUCAGGUUUAAAGGUUUGGUAUGAUCCGGACACGGAGACCUGGUUAAAACCGGCGUCCAACAUGGCACUGGAAAGGGCAGGACUACACCCGCUGGCAAUGUACUUGAAACGCCGGCGAGACUACAUCCUACCCUAUGCUAGGAAUCUCCCAGACUUUGCAUCCCUUCGCGACUGGGCUGUAACACGGAACAUUGUUCAGAGAAGCUUUUGGACGGAUGAUUCAGACUUAUCCAAACUACAAGAGGACAUUGAUAGAAGGGUUGAUUAUAAUGCGAACCCCGUGGGAACCCGGGAAUUCAAAGUGUGA